UGGUUUAAUGGGAAUGAAAAAAGCAAAAAUAAAUGUCCAUUUGACCAUGAAGUUUGCAAGGAGAGGUUUUGGAUAAAACUUAAUAUAUUUAUUAAAAUGCAGACUAGGGGAUAUGAAAACAUUGUCUGCUGGCACAAAAUUAUUUUCUUUUGUUGACUGUUGGGAGGGAACAUAAAGGGCUUCUCAAAGUUGUGGCUAAGAUCUUAAUAUGUGGUUCCUAAGGUGUGCUUAUCUAUGUUUAUAAGUAAAUGACCUGAUCAGGUUUUCCAAAGUGCAAAGUCCCAGUAACAGUUGAAUCACCAGGAGUCACUGAGAGCUCCAGACAUUUGGGGAAAAAUAAGCUACUUAUUUCACUAACUAGAAGGAGAAAAAAUUACAGCUUAAAAAUUCAGUGCCACUUCCCUUUCAACAGGGUUUGUCCAGGAGGAUGUAUCCCAAGUGCUUUCUCCACUCCCUAUGACAGUGAAUAGGCUGACUUUUCUCCUCUACCCCAAGGAGUUCCAUUUUGCUAACAGUCUGUGCAGAACAGGUCCUCUCUUCCACUGUUGCUGGGCUUUCCACUUUAUCCAUUCUGGAGGGAAAGCUGGUGUCCGAACAGCUCACUCCAGGGAGGGAAAAUGGAGUACAGCCGCCAUGUGACAGCAUGAACAACUUCUGCUAUCAUUAUAAGUAUUUAUUAACAGGUCCUGUAAAAACCAAGGAAGAUGGUGAAGAUUUGCUGUUCUCUCCUCCUCUUAAGUUUGCUCAGUGGGCAACUCAACGCCAACCCCGGACUCAAAGUGAGGAUCACCCAGAAGGGGUUGGAAUAUGCCAAGGAGGUUGGGCUGGAAAUCCUGAAGCAGAAUAUGGAGAAGGACCAUUUCCCCGAUUUGAGUGGCUAUGAGAAAUUUGGGCUUGGUAAUGUCAAAUACAACAUCUCACGAAUACACAUCACUGCUGUUGAAUUCCCCAGUGCUUCCAUCUCCCUCAUACCUGGGACUGGGAUAAAACUGGUGAUUGGAAAUGCUUCUCUAACCAUCGAUAUGAACUGGAACAUAAGGACCUGGAUGUUCAAAGACAGUGGAAGAAGCACAGUCUACAUUUCAAAGGUGUUUGUUACUGCAAUCUUUUCAACACCCCUGGAUAAUACAGGUCAUACAUCAAUAGCACUUACCAGCUGCCGGACAACUUCUGGUGAUAUAGACAUCAAGCUGAGUGGAAAGAGUGGCUUCCUGCGUAACUUCUUUAUCAAGUAUCUGAAGAAACCUAUUCACAGGAGCCUGGUCACUAAUUCAUGUCCCAACAUCAGAUCUGGGAUCCAGUUGAUAGAUGAAGACCUCCGAUCACUGAAUGUCCUAAUGCCGAUUGAUGAUUUGGCUGAAGUAGACUACUCCUUAAAUAGCUUGCCAGCAGUAUUCCAACCAUUCAUUGACCUGGACUUAAAGGGGAUAGUCUACCCAGCUGGAAACUACACUGGCCCUCCCUAUGUGGCAGCUCCCUUCACCAUCCCAGACCAAAGCGACUCCAUGCUCCACCUUGCCUUCUCUGAGUAUUUCUUUCAGACCUCCUCAUUUGCUUACUACACCGCAGGGGCCUUCAGCAUCACCAUUGCAGAGGAGACUUGCAGCUAUUUUAAUAUAAGCACCGAGAUAUUUGGCAGUAUCAUCCCUGAGGUAGCGAAAUAUUCAGUUACACCCUACCCAGUGAUGUUGAAGCUAACAGCUACUGAAAUACCUAUCAUCAGCUUAGAGCAGGAUUCCUUCACGGUAGAGAUUUGGGGCUCCAUGGAGGUGUUUGCUGUUCUGCCAGACUCAGCCACCCAGUCGUUGUUCACAAUGAACAUAGCAGCCAACACCAGCAUUGCUCUGAAUAUAUUUGACCAGAAAUUGAUGGGCUCACUAUGUUUGAACAGGCUCCAGUUCUCGCUAGCCCACUCCAAUGUUGGCUUUUUCGAGAUCUCGCUUCUGGAGAACAUCCUGUCUUACGUUUUACAGACUGAAGUCAUUCCAUCAGCUAAUGCUAAACUGUCAAAAGGAUUCCCUCUUCCCAAUCUGGCCAAUGUUACUUUGACGAGACCUCACAUUACAAUUGUACAGGGAUACCUGUUGAUUUCUACUGAUGUCCACUACAAACACUAAAGGAGAAGAGAGACCAUUUGUUAAGCAUGAACUUCAAAACAAUAGUGUGACUUUGAAGGCUAAAAACUGUCCAGUUCCGCUGAAAUGUGUAACUUGAGCUCUGACAAGGGCGAUGUUAUCCGGGUUGGGACAAGGGGGGAUGCGGGGAGGCAAAGAAAGCUGAUGGAAUGGUUAGGCUGUACAGUGGAGGAGAACAUAUGACACAUGCUUGACAUUAUUUAUUCUGGAGUUUAACCGCUGCAAAAAUGUUUUUAAGAUUAAUGCCUCUCUUGAAAUACAGUCUUGUCUAUACACUUCCAGAAAGGUGCUGCAAUCUCUCGAAGGAAAAGUACGUUGUCAAAAUGCUGCUAGGGCAAGCAUGCCUGCUAAUCUGUUUCUACUGUAACUAUCUUAAAUAACUUCCUUCUGAACACAAUGCACUAAGUAUGAAGUGAGCCCUCUCCACAACUACAACAGACUGGGAAGUGUCCCAAUUACAAUGGGAACAAAAUCUUAGCAGUGUCUUAACUAAACUGUUAACAUAAAUCUUAACAAAGACACAGAAGCAGUCCAGGAAGUGAGACAAAAGUGGCACUGCUACUGCCUUUGAUAGUCCCUCUGCCCCUGUGACACUUCAAAUCCUUGUGUCUGUCAUGUCCCCUGUUAUUGCUUAGCCAGGUUAGAUACACUUAACUCCUUGAAUGUUUCUGUGCAAGUCUAAUCCUCCAACAUCUUUGUCAGCAUUUCUCUAGAUUGAAAUAGUUACAAAUACUUUACUUCUUACUUCAUUUU